CAGAGAGACUCAAGAACAAACUGCUACUAGACGAUCUGCAGAUGCCUUGCGACACCGACGAUCAAGACAAGAAGAAAGAGCUGAUAAUCAAGAAAUGUUUCAAAAAAGAGCUGCUAAAGUAGCUAGAAUACGUACUAUCAAUGCCACCCGAGCCAGAAAUUAUAGACAGCAAGAAACUGAAGAUGAUACUCAAAAUCGACGAUCAGUAGAAGCUGAGCAACAACGUGCAAGAUGUCAAACACAAACUCCUGAGGAAGCAAUAUUAGAAAGAGUUACUAAUGCUAAUCGAAAUCGACAAUCAAGAUAUCUCCAGAUGACCCAACUAACCUCAACUUAUCAAGAGGCAUUAUCAUUUACUAACUCAUUUCCGGAUGAAGUUAAUGUUGGAAAAAUGGAUGUCAUUUGCGAUGCAUGUGGCGCUCUCCAUUUUGCAGGUGAACGUACAGGUCGAGAAUCAAAUAUUUUUUCUUCGUGUUGCCAGAAGGGUGCAGUUGUUCUUGAAAAAUCUCGACCAUUUCCAGACGAAUUAAAAGCAUUAUUUGAGAAAAGUUAUCCACUAUCAUCAAAGUUUUUAUGA